AUGGCACUGAAGGUUACUAAUGCCGUUUCCCCCUCACAAUUCAUUGACAGUAUCGAUGUGAACGAUCCGGAGUAUAUUCGGCAGUUGUUACGCCCACCGGCGAUCAAAGAGGAUCUUAACUUGAUGCAACAGCGAUCACGUGUUUCCCUUAUACUCAGAUCACCGUAUUUUCGAAAGGAACUGGAAAAAAUUGUGGCAUCUCAGAUGAAAGACGGUUACCUCAGCACCAAUAUAUACGCUUUGAAGCAACUUCUGGACUAUUUAACUCCACAGACUAAGCUCGGUUCCUCCAACUUCACGCGAGGCGCAACCAUGCCCGUGUUACCCAUCAACGAUUUGAAAGGAGCACACCCUGCCAACUAUCUUAGAGGCGAACGGCUGGUCCGGUGCAAAGUCGCAUCACUCUGCCGUUUGGUUCACAUUUUUGGUUGGAAUAAGGGGAUUAACUGCCACGUCACAGCACGCGUCACUCGUGAUUCAAACGAAUUUCUGAUCAAUCCACUGGGUUUGUUGUAUCAAGAAGUGACCGCUUCGUCACUCGCCAAGGUUGAUUUGAAGGGAUCCAUUUUAGAUCCCGGCACAGCGGGACUCGGCAUCGAUCGCCAGGGUUGGAUGCUUCAUGCGGCGGUACAUGAGGCGCGACCGGAUGUCCGUUGCAUUAUCCACUUAAAUACACCUGCCACGGUUGCUGUCUCUUGCACCAAAUCUGGACUGUUACCCGUCAGUCAGGAAGCGAUGAUUUUGGGAGAAUGUUGCACCUACGAUCCCAGUGUAUUAGUCAGCAAUGCUUCGCACGGUGAUUCCGAGGAGGAUGCUGCCACUCGCCGAGAACGCCGUCAUGCGGAGGAACGCGCUGCUAUUGCAGAUAUUCUGAAUGGACAAUCACAGGAAUGCGUUGUGCUCAUGAUACGUAACCAUGGUUUACUGGCUAUGGGUCAGUCGAUCGAGGAGGCCUGGUUUACAGCUUUCACUGCCGUUGUAGCUUGUGAAACUCAAUUACGGCUGGCUGGUAUCAGUGAGAACGAACUUAUUCUACCGGCUAAAGAAGCGCAACAAGUUGCACAUCAUGCAGGUCGGACCCCAGCAGCAGCACAACUGCGUCCGGGAGAGAGUGCAGGCAGCUCUGGUUGGAGGCUUGGGGAGUUGGAAUUCGAAGCGCUGAUGCGUCGCUUAGAUGCAGCCGGAUACCACACUGGGCACGUAUACCGACUUGGUCAACUUCACACCACUUCUGGAGCAGUUCGUCGUCCCCCAGAGGAUGUCGUGAAUGGAGCACCUUCUACGGAACCCAUGACUCCUCGCGAGGCCGCUGCGUAUGUGAGGAAGUCAGCCAGUUUAGGAAAGGGAUUGCGCGGAAUUAAAGAUGUGGAAGUUCCUCCAGCCGCAUCUUCUUUCGCUUCCACCUACUACGGGGACGAUGAAUCUCGGGCUGCUGCCGCUGCUGAGGCUCGUGCCAAAACAAUGUCUCUUUCAAGUACCCAUUGGUUGAACACCCCGAACACAUACGCCCGCAAAGACAUUCCGGAAGUCGGCACACCGAAUCCGAAGAUGAUCGCCCACUGGACUGAGGAUAUAGAGGACAACGCCAAGCGACGCACUGGCGGUGUUGCGGUGCCCAUAGACAAUCCAAACCAAUUUGCCCCACAAGGUCGGGAUCCACACGAGUUUAAGCGAAAACAACGUAGGCUGAAAGAAAAGUACUAUAAAGAUGUGAAAAACGCCGGUCCCAAAUCGCGCAUUCUGGAAGGAAUCACUCUCGAUGAUGAAGCUAACGGCCUGAGCGAUGAGGCCACGUCGCCAGUCGUUAGUCCACGAGGCACAUUGCUCCGCUUGGAUCCAUACAACCCACCAGCUGUGGAACCCGGUCACGUUGUGGUUGUGGGUGCAGCGAGCAAAGGCAUUAUCAACCGAGACCAACGCCACAAUGUCGGAGUCUAUCAGUCUGUCUAUUCGCCCAAUCCGUUUGACCAUGUGACUGAUGAGGAUUUGGAACGCUAUCGAGAAAAUAUGGACCGUAAAGCUAAAGGUCUACCGUCUUUGGAGGAUGAAGAAACCGCACUCCGCAUUGAGCAAGCCCGCGAGGCAGCCGAAGUCGCUCGUAAGGCUAUGGAAGCUGCUGCCAGCCAGCCACAGAAACACUCUCGGCAAACAGAACUCACGGAUGUGGACACUUCUCGUGCCGGUCAAUCGUACACAAGCGGCGCUGAAGCCAGUCACGACGAUACGGAAAAGGAAACCCACAAAGGGGAACUCGAUGGAACGGAAACGAAAAAGAAACGCCGUUUUAAGAUGCCCUCGUUUGCCAGGAAGUCCAAGCCGAAAAAGGCGCAGUGACCGAGUGGAUGGCGCCUCACUCUUUGAUUCCGCUUACAUUCUAAACGCUCUUUAUCGUCAUCGCUGAACAUCUCAUGUGUCUGCCGCCUCAAGCUACUUCUGAUACAGCUAUCCUUCCAAUCGUUUUCGUUUCGCUGCACGUUGUUUUCUUCUCUCUACAGGCUAUCGAUAUUUUAUUUUCCGUUUACAACCCACCUCGUGCUUACCUUUAUUUUACUAGCAUACGCGUUCCUCGAACUGAUGCUUGUCCUCCGCCUCUCCGUCUGUUGAAUAUGUCUGCAAAACCGAAUCGCUUCCUUGUCAUCUUUGUAUUCCUAGUUGUUUUCACAGGCACUGCCCAAUCACCACUCCUUCACAUGUGCAUUCAAGCGUACGCUUGCCUUUUCCCUAGAUGCGUAAUAUUCACACGCUUUCACUGGUCUACCCUGACCCAACAUUUCGCUUUAUCAACUCUCUUCCUUUCGCUAUGCGGCUUUCAGAUCGUUGGGUGGGGCUCCUGUUGUGUUGCCCCACCCUCUUCUCGCGCACUGUUUGCUCUUUGUGGUUUUCCACAUCCGCUUCUCUCUUGUACUCCAGUAAAAUACAUCGCGCCUAACUUUACCAGAUGUGUGACAGCAGUUCUCACUUUUACUUUGGUAUUGUGUUUUCUCUCUGCUCCAUCACACUUGCUCGCUUCACUGUUUUUCCAGUUGUGAACUCUUCGGCUCAUUUGGUCCAAUCACUAUGGUCCAUCUUUACUCGGAAGCUAAUCCAUGCGCCAACAUUGAUCCCUUUUUAUCCCGUCAAAUGCUGCCACUACCCUCCCUUCACGUUGUAAUUCGAUUUGUCAAUUCAACUUCUUUGAGCAUGGUGGCAUUUUUAAAUUAGC